CACGACUACUCUCAGUCGCUCAUUGCGAACAGUCGAAUCAAGAUAGGGACGAAGUGUUUCGCAAAUGUACUACCUAUAAAAAAAUUAGCUUUAACAAAUCGUUAAGUGAUAAGAAAGUGCUACAACGGAUUACUAGUGCGAAAUGUCCAAUUCAACCAGUGGAAUUUCCACCAAAAUGUUAGUCAGCUUUGGCGUUGGCAUUGGAGUGACUGCCGUAUCGAGUGCUUCUUAUUUAUACUACAAAUACUGGAAGCAAGAUGUCAUGCCAAAAGAAUGGCAGCGUGUGGGCAUCUUAGAAAUGCUCGAAUUCUUCCCAUUGAAAUCAGGUGCACCACUCAAAAUGCCAGAAGACACUGAACUGGAAUGUGAAGUGCUGGGCCUACGUUACGAGAGCGUUCGCGAUCGUGCGCUGAUGCUGGUCGAUAGUAACAAUUUAAUGUUAACAGCUCGUGGCUACCCUAAGAUGGUUUUGAUUGCUUCGAAACUGGUAACACCAACAAAGCUAGAAAUCAAUGCACCCGGCAUGGAAACACUGGAAUUAGAUUUUAGUAAGCUAAUUAAUGAAGCGCCGGGCAUCGAUAUACACACAUCGGUAUUUGGUGCUCCAUUGGAUGCGAUGUUGUGCGGUGAAAAAUACGACAGGUGGUUCUCGCAAUACAUUUUGAGUCAGGAAAACGGAGUGAAGCUGGUGUACUAUCCCUAUCCGAAACCAACGAAGCCAAUUGACAAGGAUUUAGCCAAGGAACCACAUAUAAAAAAAUAUGAUACG